AUGAUAGGGUCCUUUGGUGACUUUGAUCCAGGCGACUUAACCUCUUUAGUUGAUACGAACGAGGAAAACUGCAGUCGUCUGCACCAAUUAUUCCAACAUCCGUCAUCACUGUCUUCCGAUUUGUGCAAACCUACACAUUUUGGAACCUUUGGCAUAGCAGCUCAGCAUGCUUCCCUCUCUGACUCUGCUUCAACCUCAAAUUUCAACUGGCCAAUUUGUGUUGGUGGAAGGCAGAGCCUAAAACGAGAUGACACUAUGGCAACUACUAUGACCGCAUGCAAUAGUGCAACAACUGCAAGCUUUGUGGGCAAUAGCAGCUUUCAAAAUAAAAGAUUGAAUGGUGACUUACUUGAGCGAAGUCCGCAACCAUCCAUAGCUGCCUCAUCGUUGGCAGCAGUCAAUGGUUAUGGUGGUAGCUAUAAUGGUAGCUAUCAUGGUGCUCUAAGCACUGGUGGACUGUCAGUAUCUUCAUUUUCAACAUCUUCGCGAGCUUUGCAAUGUCACUUAUCGGGUGAUGAUAUGAACGCUGAUGAGCCGGCUUGGCCGUUGGGAAACGAUAUUUUGACUAGGGGAUCAUUUUCGGGUAUUUACCCCCCAUUCUAUCUGCAAUAUGCUGAAGAAAAGCUAAGGCAGCAACAGGAAAAUCAGCUCGGACAAGGUUCAAAUUGUGGAACUCUUCGGCGUAAUGAAGAGCAGAACCAAGCAGAGCUCGGGCGCAGCCGUUCUUCAGUUCGAAUUCCACGAUUCUGA